CACUCCUCCUCCUCCCUCUCUCUCUCGCUUCCUCUCCACUACCAGGCUCUGCCUCCACCCCGCCCGCCCGCCUCUCCUCCCGCCCGGUAGCCGCUGCUGCUGCUCCUGCUGGCGGGCUCUCCUGGCGCUUCCCUCGCGCGCUUCGUCCUUCUCGCUCCAGAGCUCGCGCUCACUCACUCUGACUCGCCUCGCGCGCAGCUCGUGGACGCGUUUUUUUCUUUUUUUUCGCGGCUGUUUUUGUUUUUGAAUGGUUUGUUUUAGCUUUAAAACGUAAAAGCGGAGAAGUUUAACUUUACGGGGCUGCAGGAAAAACCUGUAGAGAAACACAGAGUGUGGCGUAGCCGGGCAGUUACAUUAGAAAAUGAGCAGUUUGUUUUAAAAACCGAGGAGCGGCCAGUUCUGGAGGACUGCGCAGGACAGGUUUGGCUUCGAAUUGCCGGAGGGAGACGGUGGAGGGCUACAAUGAGAAGAAGGGACGAAGGGAAAGCAGGACGGACCAGAAUGCGACUUAAAUAGAAGGCGGAGGACGCGCAUCACCACAAAGUGCCUGGGCUGGAUGCUGCAGCAGCCUCUCACCGCGCACGCUUUCUCCCACGCUGCUGCCCCCCCUCCAUUCGCUGUCUCCUGCUGCCCUGUGUGUAUGUGUGUCUAGGAGUGUGCUUGGCCUUGACUGAGGCUAUAUUUCACCCUGACAGGCAAACAGUCAAUCGGCCCAUUUGCUGUUCCUCGAUCCCAGCUUUUCUCCCCUGCUCCACCACCAACACCACCCCCUCCUCGCCGGCAACAUCGCCCUGUUAAUACAAGGACAGUCGAUUAGUUUCCCCUUUUGGACUUAAUGGCUUCAUAGUGCCUGUUUUUAGUUGCCCGUCUUCUCUGUCUUCUACCAGCCAGACAUGCGAGCAUCUUCAGAAAGUGCUGUGACUGCGGCAGUGGGACGGGGGCACUCAGGAGCCUGAAGGUGGGGGAAGUGUAAGGUACUUUUAAAUGGACGAAGGAGGGGUUGGUUUUAGGACACGCUGUAGGAGAGUCUAGACUGAGGGACGGCCACUGCAGCCCAGGAGAACACGUCGGUCUGCUCUUUUUUUUAGUGCCUCAGUCUGUCGCCAGCGGUCAAGGACCUACUGCAGCAUGCCACAGUGAUCGGCCCCAGUCUCAGCAACCCUCUGCUGUAUCUCUGACACACCUGCCCUCCUGCUCCUCCCUACAGCACCAUAGUCCAUAGACUAACCACAAAAGAACACAUAUAGAACAUAGAGAACGAAUUAUACAUUUUUGUACUGUUGUCUCUGUUUAACUCUAGAACACAUCAUCUUUCUUUUGCAUGGUGGCACUUUGAUUUUUGCCUCGCCACAUCCGCCUUUUUCCCCGUAGAGAUUUUUUGCCGUGCCAUACUUCUCCAUUUUUGACCGCCUUUCUCUCACACGGCCCCAUUCCCAGCCCUCUGCUCAUCUUCUGCUCACAGAGGCAAACGCCAUGGCCAUCAACGUGGCCAUGGGCCGCGACACCAAGUGGCUGACCCUGGAGGUGUGCCGCGAGUUCCAGAGAGGUGCCUGCUCACGCUCUGACACCGAGUGCAAGUUUGCCCACCCCUCCCGCACCUGCCACGUGGAGAACGGCCGCGUCAUCGCCUGCUUCGACUCCCUCAAGGGCCGCUGCACCCGUGAUAACUGUAAGUACCUUCACCCGCCGCCUCACCUGAAAACCCAGCUGGAGAUCAACGGCCGCAACAACCUUAUCCAGCAGAAGACGGCUGCAGCCAUGCUCGCCCAGCAGAUGCAGUUCAUGCUGCCCGGAGCCCAGCUACAGCCCAUAACCUCGUUCCCGAUGUCGCCCUCGCUGGCCGCCAGCCAGAGCGUGGCAUUCAGUCCAUACAUGGGCCACAUGAGCCCUGGCAUCGGCCUCAUGCCCGAGCUGCUGCCCAGCGCCCCCGUGCUGGUCCCGGGGAGCCCCACCGGCAUCACCAUGGGCAACGGAAACUCUACGCAGAAGCACGUUCGCACAGACAAGCUUGAGGUGUGCAGAGAGUUUCAGCGAGGCAACUGCACACGAGGCGAGAACGACUGCCGCUAUGCCCACCCUAUGGAGGCGGCCAUGGUGGACGGCAGUGAGAACUCGGUCAUCGUCUGCAUGGACUACAUCAAAGGCCGCUGCAGCCGUGACAAGUGCAAAUACUUUCACCCGCCAGCGCACCUGCAGGCCAGGAUCAAGGCCGCCCAGCACCAGGCCAGCCAGAACGCCGCCGCCGCAGCCAUGCCGCAGCCUACAGCGCGUCCUCUGAAGCGCAACCUGCAGCCAGCCCCUGACCUGGCCCUGCCUCCAGGGACCAUGCAGCAGCUACCAAAGAGGCCCACCCUGGAGAAGAAUAACGGGGCAGCAACCGUCUUCAGCCCCAGCAUGUUCCACUACCAGCAGGCUCUGGCCAGCAUGCAGCUGCAGCAGCCAGCCUUCAUCCCCACAGUAGACCCCGCCGAGGUACUGACCAGCGACCCCGUCGACCUCCACUGCGUUCCUGUGGAAUCCCAGUUCUGUCCGGUCCCCAAACUUCUGGUGGCGGCCCCCAUGACUCUGAACUCAGUAAGCCUCGCCCACAACCUCGGUUAAGACACCAUCGUCCAACCCUGCCCACCCACCCACUCUUAAUGUCUACUGUCCCAACCACACCGCAGAGACGUGAAUGCAACAAACGUGUGCCUAAUCAGUAUGCCCUUCCUGGGGCAACCCUCUCAUCCUCACAGUUGACAUGGAGGAGUCAUGGAGAAAAAAAAAACACAACAAAAAAAAAUCAACAAAAGGUUUGUUGAUGCUAAAACAGGCAAUACUUAAGCUUGGACCUACAACUGUUUUAGGAAGCAUGCCAUCUUGAUGCAAGGAGACUUGCAGGAGUGUCCGGAUGCUGAAUCUGAGCGCUCUGUUUGAAUUCACAGCCAUACAAAUACACACAGAUUUGUAGACACACACACAUGCACACAAACACACACACAUACACACACACACUGUUGAGAACAGUGCAUCCUCCUAAAGUGACAGUGAAGUCUCAGCUCAGACCCUGCUUAAUCGAUCCACAGUGAGUUUUUAGUGGAGCUGAGGCUUGAUUGACAUCACAUCACCCGACAGCACAUAUGCUUAUGUGACUCCGCGGUCGCAUCAGCAGCGAAGCAGUGGAGAACACGUGAAUGUGAUUGCUGUGUGUGUCUAUGCACAGGGCUUAUUGCAGAGAGAGGAGUGUGUGGGAGCUCUGAUUGUUCUUGAUGUUUUUAGGUUAAGGUGCGGUAUAGGGGUUCUUUUAUUUUCACCAUCUUUCAAUUUCCUGACACAAAUUUGCGGUCUUUAUUUGUUCAUUUGUUUGUAUAUUUGUUUCUUUUUACACUUACUGGAAAUUUCUUAAGUAUAUAUAACAUUAACAGCGAUUUGUUUUACCAUUUCACCAUUGUAAGAUCUUGUAAGUUCACAUGUCGUCCAAAUGGCUGAUUUUUUUUUUUAGUUUAACAGGUCGUUGUCAUUGUUUGUGCCUUUCACGUUACAAGUAUGUGAAAGUCUUGAUUCUUGUUUCCUGAUUGAUCUAAAUCUUACGGUAGACGAAAAACGACGUAAGCGUUGUACACUUGUAGCCUUUAAGAGUCAGCGUGCUAUUUAAUUCCUCAGAUUGCUCAAAUUCCUCAGUCCUUGAAUCCCCCUUUUUUCUAUUAUGUUAGGAUAGAAUAGAAAUGGUGUCUUAUCAUCUCCUUUAAUUUUUCGUAUUUUAUGUGGUGAAUGAGUAUUACUAUUAAUUUGACUUAACUUAAGCAUAAUGAGCUAAAAUGGGUCGACUGAAGUGAUGCGCUGUUUAUUCCAUGCAACAGCUCACAGCUUUUGUUCGGUGGAAUCAUGACACCUGGAACAGUGGUUGGUUAGAGUCACCUGCUCAAACCCCCCUCUUUUUUUGUUGUUUUCUAAAUGCAAAACAUGCCUUAAGCAGAAUGGAGAGUGUACCGUACCGCACGUCGUAUUGUACCAGCGUAUUGUCGGCAUGGUCUGAUACACAGGCCCUAUAGCUAGUAGCCACUAGCUGCUAGCUAUUAGCUGGUAGUUGGUGCUGCAUAGGAGGUCUGAUGGAUGACUGUAGCUCAGGAUGAGUCUGAUCAACAUGCUGUGAAACGGGAGUGCCAGCGCAGCAGCUGCGGCCGCCGAUUGGAGUAGCUCCAUUUCCAAGCCCAACUGUUCCUCUCUAGUCAGCCGUGUCGCAGCACAUUGCUCAUCUCCUUUAAACCUAGCGCUAAAUUCCAGCGAUUUCCACGCAUAAAUAAUCAGCAAGGUUGACUUGGUUUAUCAGAAAACGUUGUGAUGUGAUACCUACGGUCUGCUGCCGUGUCUGUCUCUCUCUCUGUCUGUUUUUUUCCUUUUAGCGCAGACGCUCUCUGCCAAAAUCCAUGGCCCGACCCUCCUACUGUGUGACAGUCUGUUUGUCUCUGCUUAUUGCUUGGCCCUGUUUGCAACAUCUCACAGUGACAUGAUAUCUUGGAGCUGGCCAUACUGGAGAUAAUUCUCAGCACGGAAGUGGCCAAAACACAUCUUUUGGAGUUUUGUAGGAUGCUUUUAUCAUUCACACGACUUUAAAGGCAUUUUUACACUAGAAUGUCUGGAUCAAAGCCUUAACCAAGGUUCAUGCUUUUGAUCCAUUGUAUACUGGACCUUUGGUCUAGUUCAUUUUGGUUUUAAACUGCAGUUUAGUCAGAGGCAGGCUUAAAAAAACUUUGCCAUGUCUAGACAUGACAUUGAUUAUUUCGUAGAAUGGCAUCAGUUUGGCAAAUUGCCUUUUUUUUCUUUAGGUGUUGUGCUGGAAUCGGCCUCCCUUCAAAUGAACGCAUGUAAUGCAGCAGAAUGUGUGUAACAGAUUCCCUAAAUUAAUUUUAUUUCUAUUAGGGUUAUUAUUAGGGUUUAUUAGAAUUAGUCUACAGUUACAGUAGAUACAGCGGUCAUAAGCAUUAGCUUUUACAUCCAUAUUGCUGAAACAAGUCAGAUUUCAGCACAACACCAGUUCUUCUUCUAUUGUUAAAUAUGCAAUGAUAGCCUGCCUGCUCUUUCUGUAAUUGGUGCAAAAAUAUAAAUUUUCAAUUGAUCCAGACUGAGACCAACUUGUCUGGUCCAAACUUUGGUUCUUUUGGCCCGGACCUUGGUUUGUGACACCUUUAACACCUGCUCCUAAGGUCCAGAGCAAACAAGGUAGGCAUGAAAACCCCCUUGAGAUCCUUAAAUUAAUCUGAAAUUUGAAAUCGGAAAGAAAAUGUUAAUUCAGGAUCUACAGGAACUAAAAUGUCCACUCUUUUACCAUAAUCGUAAUCUUGGGCCUUGCUGUUUUUCUUAAAGUUUAAAGACUGAAAACAUUUCAGGUGCACUGUUUUAUGUGCCAAUGACUACCUGACCUGGGUCAGUCAUGUGCCAAUCAGUGAUCAAAAAAGCAAUCUCUGUUUGCCAACACCUGACAGAUUUGAUGCUAUUUCCCUUAUACCAAUGCAAUUUUUCAUUUUGCACUUUCCUUGUGAGCCUUCUGUCUCUACUAAAUCCCCUCGUGUCAUUAACUCGUACUGGAGUUCUCUGAUAGCGAAUUUCUUUUGUGUGGUGGCCGCUUCUGAAGUGUGAACCACAGAAAUGCUCCCCCUGACCUGGGCACCUUUUCAGCCAUUCUGUAUAUGAAUUGUGUUGGUUUAAAUUCACCAAAUAUUGAGUUGUUUGUAGUGAAGAGCAUAUUGGCCACCCUGACCGUUCUGGUCGUUCACAGAGCUAGCUGGAUGUUGGAACAAUUUGAGCUUUUUUGUUUAUUAAUUUGUGAAUGUUUAGAACUUGGAUUUAAGCUGGAUUUGAAUCUCAGGCUGUGACCGAAAUGGAUCCUUACUGCUUAAUUAGUAUUGCACUCUAUAUAUAUAAAUAUAAACCCGGAUCUCCAUAUACAUCUGAACUAUAUUCUAAAUUAGAGUUAAUUAAAGGAAUUGUGAUGUUCUAGAACUGUUUUCUGAUUAUAACACAUAUUAACUAUUAAUGAACUACAUGGGAAAAGGUGUAAAAUUCACUGCGUCCAGUGGCUUGAUAUUCACAUCUGUUGCUUUUAUGAGCAAAUGUUGGUUCCAUUUUUUUUCACUUGGCCUUUCCUAUUACAACAAUUACAUGAUCUUAUAACUUAUCAUACAAUAAAUGGACACAAUUUUAGUUCAGUACAUGUUUGCUAAGCUUAAUAUUGCCUGAAGUUAUUACUUUUCAAUUAAAGGCCAAUAUCUUAGAUGAACUAGAAGGUAAAACAGUGUAUUUACUGUAUUUGUCUGUAAUUUUUGUAGAAUAUGAAAAAAUGCAUUCCAGUUCCAUUGUCUGAAUAUUAGUAGUAAUUUGAAUAUUCAUUCAUUACUCUUUUAAAAAGAGUAACUGCAUCAUUAUGAUAUUAUUUUAUCAAAAUAUGAUUGGCAUAAAAUGGUCUUAAAAUAAUAUAAUUUAACUUAAUUAUUCCAGGGACAUUAUAUCGUACAAAACAUUUAGAUAUUGUUAAAGUUUUAAAAUAGGAGACACACAAUGCAAAGCAUUCUUAAGUAGUUAGUUACACUGUUAUAAAUUAUGAUUAUGCAUUGUGGGAAAUCAAAAUGCCCCUCAAAAUGAUGUAUGAAAUUUGUACAUGGAGAAAAAAUUGUCUGAAAUACUUACGAGUGCAGUCAAAAAGGGAACUAUUCUGGUCACAGUCCCAGAUUCUGAUCAUAUUCUCAUACCUUUUUAAAAGUUUUCAAAAGUUUAUUGGUGUUUUAUUGAGCAGCACUAACCUCAGCGUUUUAGUUUCAAGCUAAAAGAUGUAAUAUUUAAAAAUGUCUAAUUCAAGAUCCUCUAGAAGUGGUGGAUCAGCUGUAGAUGAAGUGCGUUGUGUGUCGUUAUGAAAGGGCCUUAAAUACAUUUGAAUGUGACCAUUUAGGACAAGCAGAAUGUCUUUAAGUCUGAGGAUGCCUGUCUCACCUUUUCUCUUCUCCUGAAUCAAAACCGCAACACGUUUCUACAUAUCAGAGGAGUUUAAAACUAAACUCUUAAUGCCAUCCACUGUUGAUUUAUUACUAUACAAACUAUAAACUUUGACAAGAGUCAGAGCAAACUCAAGAUUUACUCAAGAGUUAUGGAGACUCGUUGAGGACCUUUCAUAUUGUUAUUGUCCUUACAUUAAAAAAUAAUAAUAAACUAAAAAACAGCUGUGCUGUUGAUUGGUUCUAAAAGCAACCAAUAGCCAUGCACCACGCAGAGGGGUGAUUAUAGACGGACGGACACUAGUGCAAGUCUAGUGUGAGCUGGUUUGACCGUCAUUCUUUUUAGGCCAGCUAAAUUGCAGGGCCUAUUUACGAAGCAAAGAUUGAUUAAGGUUUAUUUUAAACUAAAUCAAUAAAUCAUUUUAGAUUGUCUAUAAAAAACAGCAUUGAUGGUUUAAUUUGGUCUAAGAUAAGACUUGAUCUGUCUUUGGAAAAUCAGCCCGUGUAAGUGAGUGAUGCUUUUACUGGCGCUGUAAUAAAAGCAUGGAGCACUUCGAGUCGGCGGAGUUAACUGAGGUCAAAUGCAAAAUCACAGCAAGACAAUAUACUGUGUUAUUGAAAUACUGAAUUAUAUCUGUGUUGUAUACAUUUUAUAAGAUGUUACCGUGUGUUUGGGGAUGUUGGUGGGUGUGUGUAUAUGUUGGCAGUCGUUUAGGAAGAGUACUCAGCUGUUGAUUUUGUUGUAAUGGAUUAUUUCUUGUAGUUGAAUGAGUCUCAUUGCCUAGCCAAGGUAUAGAUCUCUCUCUCUCUCACUCUUUAUCCUUCUUUCUCUCUCUCUCUUUAUCUCUUUGUCUCUCUCUAUCACUCUCACUCUCUCUCUCUAUCUCUCUCAUAUCAAGAGUUAUGCCUUCUCCAGCUGCUAUCCAGCUGGAAUCAACAAAAUACUUGAUUAAGAAAAACAAAAAAUAUGCCUCGUUCGGGGCUUUAGCAUUUUAAGAACACUCACUUUUUAAGAAGUGCGUAUUCAUGUAUAAUGUUGUUCUAGAUAAUCUUACUUGUACAUAUGAUAGUGCAUCAUCCUUCUAGUUUUAUGAGCGUUCUAGUUUUUCUAGUUUUAUCACUCGACCUUAUCGUCAUUUUUAACGGUACUUAUAUUUUAGCUGUAUCUUCACGGAUUGCGUCAUGUUUAUUAUGGUGUGUUUAUGACAUUUCGAGUACCUGAACUGUUGGGUUUUAGUUAGUCUGGUCAUUUAAUUCAUAUCGGUUACGUGUUUAUAACACAGCGUACAGAUCUCAUCAUCGCAUGAAAUGAAAUGAUUAUUAAAAAAAAAAAUCGAAUUCAAUAAUCUGAAUAAUCUGAUUCAUAGUUUGUGCAGUUAGUGGUUUAAGAUAAACUUUAAAAAUACAUAAGAAAUAUCUCUUAUCUCUCUCUCUGUCUCUUAUCUCUCUAUAUAUAAAUAUAUUAAUCUACACAUUUAUAUCACAUGUAUUACAAUGAUAGAUUCAUUGUUACUUGAUAGUAAGUUGUUGUUGCUAUGGCAACAAAACUACAACAUGGCUACCUUUGUGAAUCUUAAUUGUGAAUUUUUUCACACUUAAAUUGAAACAAUGUACAAGGUUAACUUAUUCUGAAAGGGAAUGUGUAGUUAGCUUAUCUUGGAUUAAGAGAUGAUUGCCUAUUUUGUACAAAAAAAAAGAGGAAAAAAAAUCAGAAGGUGGGACGAAUCCACCUCGAGUCCAAAGGCCAUUUGGAGACGUCAUAUAUAUAUUAUGUUAUUUCUGUUUGUAUGAUUAUUAUUUUCUUAUUUUUCUAAAGGGGGAUGUUGUUGUAGUUAUCGUUGUUGUUGUUCUGCUUGAUAAACGAAAUAUUAAUACUUAAAAAAUGAAAGGCAGCAUUUUACAGCUUUAGGGUGGAUCUGUCGGAUCACGAGGGGAAGAAGAUCUCCUGUGAUGAUCGAUCUGAUAAUCUGAUGAUCUAAUCUGAUCCGAUGAUGUACAACAAAAAAAAAAGAAAGUCAAAACUCGCAGAACUCGUGGAAAGGGCUGUCUGGACUGAUCAAUUCCAGAACUCCAGAACGGAUCUUUAAAAGAAGACUCUCUUCGACCUGAUGACCUUUAUGUAAAUCUUUAAUUCGAUGAUGAAGAUGAUUAUCAUGAUGAUGAUGAUGAUGAUGUCAUGAGCCGAGCGUGCUAUAUAAGGGCGUGGUGUGCUAUACCUAUGUCCCCUAUAAUGGCUUGGUAAAGUCUCAUUUGCUCAUUUCCUCCCCCCACCCCCUCUCUCUCUUUAACCAUCUCUGGUCUACCCAGACUGUAGCCCAGCUGUGCUGGGACCUGGUAAAUCCUGCUGCCCUCCCCCAUCGAUCCCCUUCAUUCAGUGUACGAAUGUGUGUUUUUCACCUUGUUUGCACUUAUGUACAUAACUGAGUCAAAAAUAAAUAUUCAGAAUUUAUUUUGAAUAUACAUAGAAGAAUGAAUAUAUAUAUAUAUAUAUUAGAAAUAUAUCGAAAAAAUAUAUAUUAAAAGAACAGGUUCAAAUCAAAUGACUGUAUUGUUCGGAAUACAGGUAAACUAAUAUCCUUUUAAUAGGUUGUCACAGAGAAGAAAUGCUGAAUUGCUGAAAUGCUGUUCUGUUUUUGAGGGAUUUGUCGUAUGUUCUGUUUGCUAAUGCCCUUGUUCUCACCAUCAUGAGCAUGAUGAUGACGAUAUUGCUUGCUGAUGAUCAAAAAAAUGCAAAAAUGGGAUGAAAAAAAAAAAAAUCUAAACAAAACCUGUCUAAAGAUGCUUUGUAGUUGAACAUAGCAUAGUUUACAAGCAUAUCACACUGAGCACUGUGGCCGUCUAUAACUGACCCUGAAGUUUACCCUGUUUUAGGCAUAUACUUUUAGGUCGUUUUCGAACAAAAAUAAUAUAUAUAUAUAUAUAUAUAGUGAAUGUAUGUCGACUUCAAACAUCCAGUAUGCAGGUAAUAUAUUGCUGUGUCCAUCUAGAAACCAAAGAAAGACUACCCUGCUUCUCUCGUUCCUCUGUUCUGUUCUUUUCUUCCUUUUCUUCUGUUCGUCUGUGUGGAUUGUGAAUUUCAGCUGUGCUUAUUAUUGGCACAAAUGUUUCCUUUGUGAAUCUGAACGAGCUGAAAACGCAAUUACAUCCAAAAUGGAUCUGCAUGCGUGGGAUUACCUCCUGUGAAACUCUGCUGUGGUGGUGCUCUGCCCCCUGUGGGCGGCAGAGAAAACGAGAGAGGACAAAACAGAGGACAAAACAGUCUUCUGCUACUUCUUACCCUGUCGUCACCCGUCACCUGAAUCUCUCUCAGAUACCACGCAAGCCACCACACCGACCACGUUACCGCAGCAACCAAACUUCAGGGUCAGGUUAUAGCAGGAAAGCAUCGAAGCUGGUUUUACAAUGUACACCGAUCAUGCAUAACAUUAUGAACACCUCUUGUAUGGGUUUCUACACUCUUUAUCCAUUUUUCCCACUGAGAAUGUAGGAGCACUUAUAUAGUAUUACUAUAAUCAGACUGUAGUCUCUGUACUUUGCUUAAUUUAUUAUCCUCCGUUCACUCUGUUCUUCUUUAAUAGAGACUGAGGAGGUGUUUAAAAAUUCCAGCAGCACUGCUGCAUCUGAUCCCCUCAAAUAAUACAACAACUGGUAUAUUCAUGGUUAUGUGAAGUCCAGACCAUUGAAGAACAGGAUGAAUAAAAAGGGGGGUGAUAAAGAAAAGUAAGAAAAGGGUAGAGAAACAGUCUACUUAGACUACAGUCUGUAAUUAUUUAAUAACUAUAGAACUACAAUGUGCUCCUAUAUAGACAAUGAUUCUAGGGGUCGUAAUGUUAUGCUUGUAUCUCUGUAAUGGUACUAUGGUCACUUUUGUGACUUUUUUCGGUCACAUUUCAUUUGGAAUUCAGUUUGGUUUUCAGUGUUGAGCUUUUUGAUUUUAUUUCCCAGACGCUUGAGCGCUCACGCAUUCCCCAAAACUUCAACAGUCAUUCUAAUAAACAUCUCACUGCAUUUCCUACAGUUGAUAUAACAAAGGCGAUUCACGGCCAAGAGGUGAAGUGCCGGCCGAACAACAACAACAAAACACACAAAAAAUAACGCAGAGAAAUCUCAGAGAAAUCUUGUACAUUCUGUGCUCUACAAAUUGCUUUGGAAGCCAAUAAUUUUGUUGCCAUGGCACUUGUCCUAGUAGUGAGGGAGAGACCGAGUCUUCGUAGGUUACUCUACAUAUCGAUGCACCUACCUACGGGCCACGUCGGGGUGGUCCCGAGCCUUCUGACUGUAAUUAAAUGAAAGGUAGCACGUGUAGGACUUAAUGCAGACUUGGAAUUUUCCCUGAAAAAAAAAAAUCCCGAUUUACGGAACAUGCUGAAACCGAAUGCAAUCAAAGGACACUUUUUACCACUGUGCUUGGUUGGUAGAGGAAGAAAAAAAAAAGACAACUCUGACUCUUCUGCUGUCCAUCCUCCUGUGCCUAGACAUUUCUGUAAUGAUGAUGUGAACACAGAACAGUGCUUUUAUUUUUAAUUGUUUUAUUUUCUUCGUUUGUUUGUUGUUUUGAGUUUUUCAAGCCAUUGAAACCAAUGAGAAUUCAUUCUGUCGUGACCCAUAUCUAAUCACAAUUUUAUCAUAUCGAAAUAAACGAGUCUGUGUGUGGAAAUUAAACAUCUUAACUUUGGAUUGAACUUUGUAUUGGUGUUCGGAAAGUAGUCGACGGAAUCGAUAUAUAUCUAUAUACAGAAAUAGUGAGGACUGUAAGUUCAUAUUUAUGUUGUACAAAUGUUAUGGGUGUCGUACAUUAAGUCUGUCGUUGACAUUGAGGUUUUCGUCCCUUUAAAGGGCAUCAGUGGAGUGUAGGUUUUAAACGCUGAUGCCGGCGCAUAUAUAAGUGCUAUCUCGUACCCGGAGCAGUUCAAAGAUUGUCCACAUUGUUUCAAAGCCAUAUGUACUAGAUUCCUCUUUCCCCCACUGUAGGACAAGAUAUAAUUGAAUGCUUUGACUCUUUAUAUGAAAUGCUUCUCUUUCUAUUUAGCGUGUUGUGCUUGUAUGUGCUGAAGAAUUGUGCUUCUUGCCAAUCCCUUUUACGAUUAUAUUAAUGUAUAGAAAAUAUACAUACUUAUAAGAUCUGUUCUUUUUGUUUGACAUUUUAAUAAAGCACUUAAAAACAUA